CGCGCUGCCCCGGAAGUGCUGGCGCGGCGGCUGACACGUCGCAGGGCCCGGGCCGGGGGUGCGGAACCCGGCGAUGUCGGGGUUCGACAGCUUCAGCACCGAGUUCUUCCAGAGCAGUUACAGCAUCGAUGAGCAGGCGCAGGGCUACGACUACAGCGGGAGGCCCUACGGCAGGCAGUGUGGAGGUUAUGAGUACUCCCAGCAGAGUGCCUUUGUCCCUCCAGAGAUGAUGCAGCAGCAGCAGCCCUACACGGGGCAGAUCUACCAGCCCAGCCCUGCCUACACUCCAGCCUCAGCUCAGUCCUUCUAUGGCAGCAGCUUUGAGGAUGAACCUCCUCUGUUAGAAGAACUGGGGAUCAACUUUGACCACAUCUGGCAGAAAACCCUGACAGUGCUGCACCCCCUGAAGGUGGCAGAUGGGAGCAUCAUGAACGAGACAGACCUGGCUGGACCAAUGGUCUUCUGCCUGGCCUUUGGGGCCACCUUGUUACUGGCUGGUAAGAUUCAGUUUGGUUACGUGUAUGGCAUCAGUGCCAUCGGGUGCCUGGGGAUGUUCUGUCUCCUGAACCUGAUGAGCAUGACCGGCGUCUCCUUCGGCUGCGUGGCCAGUGUCCUGGGGUACUGCCUGCUCCCCAUGAUCCUCCUCUCCACCUUUGCUGUUGUGUUUUCCUUGCAGGGAGUCCUGGGGAUUAUUCUCACAGCUGGAGUCAUUGGCUGGUGCAGCUUUUCAGCUUCCAAAAUCUUUAUUUCUGCCUUAGCCAUGGAAGGACAGCAGCUUUUGGUGGCCUACCCCUGCGCCCUGCUCUACGGAGUCUUCGCUCUCAUCUCCGUGUUCUGAACAGACUGUCCCAAGCUGCUGGACUCCAGUGGGCCAAAAAAGCAUUAAAAAAAAAACAAAAAAAAAAGAAAACAUCCCCAGGGAACAUUAUUUAGUUGGACCAGAAAAAACAGCUGCAAACAACUGUAAUAGUGUUGCUCUCACAAAACUUAGACCUGUUCUGAAUCAUCUGGAGCAAUUAAAAGUCUUGUGUUCACUUUUAUAGGA